AUGAUUCUGGCUACCAAUGGCGGCGAAAAGCCUCAGUUUCUUUCCCAGGCAGCAGCGAAUACCAUCGAUAACGCCGGAAUCUCGCCAAUCAGCGUUCAAGCAGUCCAUCAGGCUUCCAAGUUUCAGGAAGAAAUGGUGCUUGUAACGAUGAUGGAUCAGCAUCACCGCGUCUGCAUGGAAGCACAACAUUUCAUCAGUCGUGAGACAAUCCAUGCGGCUGGAGUAAAUCGUGCGGCUCAUGCACUGGCCCGGCGACAUGCUGUACUACGGUCCAUCUUUUGCUGGAACGAAAACAUCACCGAUCGACAUCCGAGUCGGAUCUCGCUUGUAGUGCUGGGUACCAAUUACCCACAGCAGAAGAUCACGUUGGUUGAGAAGUUGUCGCCGGGUCCCGACUUAGAGAACACCUAUAUCGAAUUUUGUGUCCUUGGACUGCCGGGGCCUGCCGCAGUUGCACAAUGGCAUGGAGGAAUGCCAUGGAAAAUUUCCAUCAACCAGUUGCCCAACCGAGGGUCCCGUGUGACCCUGUGCUAUCAUCACGCACUUCUAGAUGAGGUAUCAGCUCGCCAACUGCUGUUAUCUCUGCAAGACGAAAUGAAAAAUCCCGGCUCUGUCGAAGCCACGUCCGACGUCUACGCCGUUCAUAGGGGCCAGAGUUACCGCCGCAGCCGCGAUAUGCGAACACGGCUACAGGAUAAGAUUUCCGGCAUUCCCUUUUUGCCUUUCACGCUCGGUGACUCAGAUCCCGCCAAUCGGGACGGGCAUGGUGAGACAAUUGGCAGAGUGGCUGUCGAGUCUCACGGUCGAUCCAGCCUGCCUCCAUGGAUGGCCCGGCUAGCACUAUGCAUGGCACUCCGUGCAUUUGCAAAAGUCGAAGACGCUGUGUUCCUGGAGCUAACAUCAGGACGAGGAGUUCUUCCAUCCAUUCAUCGAGAAGCGCUGGGUCCUGUCCUCGUACCGCAACUUCGAUGGGCCAAACUUAAAAGCCACACCCCGCUCUCCGAUAUUGCCGAGAAAUUGCAUGUAGAGAACGAAAUCCAUCAUGCAUUCUCUCCAGGAGAGAUUGAAUCUUUCUUCCCACAAUUGGACAGAUCGCUUCAGGCGUGCCUAGUCUGUCACACUGAGUCAUGUGCCAGCGGAGUGGGCAGCUGGGCUUGGGACUGCAAGGAAUCACGGUAUGAUAAGUCAUUGGUGAUCGAAAUUCUGCCACAUGAGAAUGCCUCCCUGGUCCGUGUUUGCUAUCACCGCAACCGGUUUACAGAUCAGGAAAUCACCGCGUUCCAGCAAUUCAUCUGUGGCUGUCUUCAAUGGCUGCAAGAGAAUCAAGACAACCUGAAAGUCUUUACCCUUGAGUCUGCCGUCAGUCACAUUCUCUCUGCUAGGCCGGGUGUGGCAGUCUGUAUCGAUCAUGGAGUGCCUUUCGAGCAGCCAGACAUUCACCCCGGCCUGCCCACCAACGCAUCCGAAUCAACCCCAGAGCAGUUGAGCUGGAGAUCAACUCACUCAUGCAUGAACCAGAUAGAAGAUCAGCAAAAUAUUUGCGCUCACCAUCUGUUUGAGCAGGCUGCCAGACGCAUGCCGCACAAGAUAGCUCUGCAGUAUGAGUGUUCUGAGUAUAUGACUUAUGAGCAGUUGAAUGAUCGCUGCAAUGCGGUGUCUGAUGCCCUCACAGUUUGGCUGGACUGUUCUGACGCGAGGGUAUUUGACCAGGAGAUUAUUGUUCCCAUAUCAUUUGACAAGGGAUUUGACCUGGUUAUCGCCAUGCUCGCAGUCCUAAAGUCUGGCGCUGCUUAUGUGCCCAUCGACACCAGCCAUCCUGCUGACCGCAUUGCGAACAUCAUCAGCAGAACAGGCGCGUCUGUCAUUAUCAGUGACGGCCACACUGGUACAGACAAGUUGCAUGAAGUUUCUGAGAAGACAGGAACAGCAAUCGUCACACUUGAUGAGUUGACCCAGACGAAUGGGUGCCGAGCUCCGUGCAUACGACCAGGACAGGAGCAAUCGGCCUCAUCCUUGGCCUACAUCCAGGUCACAUCCGGGACGACUGGAACGCCAAAAUGUAUCAUGAUCGAGCACCGUAACCUGCUAGCUUUCAUGCAAGCCGACGAACCCGACUUUCUCGGCAAUUGGAGAACUAGCAAGUUGCAGUUGUCCAACCGCACGUUUGACAUCGCCAUGGCGGACAUAUUCGGGACCUUGGGGCGUGGAGGAAGACUGGUCCUCGGCCCAGACGCAAAGAUACUCUCAUGUCUACCCGAGUGGUUGGAGAUGACAAGUGUCACGGACCUGAAUACGACACCCCUGGUUGCAGACUUACUAGAAGACCACGUUCCAGCACAUCUGAGUGUGCUCAUGGUGGGCGGAGAGCCCUUCCACCCCUCCCUCAUAAACCACACACCCAAGAAAUGCCGUCUGUACAACAACUAUGGCCCUAGUGAAACAACGUUCGUGGCAACAAGCUACAGGAUAUCGCCCGAGGAUGAAGGACGCGCAACAAUCCCGAUAGGUCGCCCAUUCGGAAUUUGCAAGAUUUAUAUUUUGGCACCUGACAGCAUGGAGUGUGCCCCCGCUGGGGAGGUCGGUGAAAUCUGCAUCGGUGGUCCUCAGGUUUCUCGAGGCUACCUGAGGCAGCCAGAUCUCACGGACACGAAAUUCGUACAUAAUCCUUUCGAGAAUGAUGGGCAUCAGACACUGUAUCGGACUGGAGACCUUGGACGAUAUUCCCCCGACGGCAGACUCGAUUACCUCGGGCGUAUAGACAGACAGGUGAAGAUCCGUGGACAGCGUGUCGAAACACUCGAAAUAGAGACAGCGAUAGGCAAACAUCCCCGCGUCAAGGCUUGUGCGGUCGUCAUAGGGGAAUCACUUCAUGGGAAAGCUCUGGUUGCAUUUGUCGAAAUAAAUCCAGGUCGGUCUUUGGCCGAUGAGCUGACGAAUGAAAAUCAUGACUGGCUGUGUAUCAAGGCCGAAAUCAAGUCCAAUAUGGCCGGCUGUUUGCCGGACUAUAUGGUACCGGGGCACAUUGCGAUGCUGGAAGAUGGCCUUCCUCGUUUGGCUAGCAACAAGCUCGAUCAGCAGGCGCUGGCAUCACGCGCUACGUUAGUCCUAUCGAAGGAAGAAUUCCAAGCGACCGCAGAAUAUGUGCCCCCACAGGAUGAAGUCGAAAGGCAUGUCUGCGAAGCCUUCAGCGACGUCCUUUCUUGCGGAGCUGGUAUCACUAACAGUUUCCUGGACCUCGGAGGGCACUCUGUCACAGCAAUUCGGGUGGCUAGUAGGAUUAGAAAAGAGCUCAGCACCAACAUCACCUUCCGAGAUGUCCUGGAGUGUUUGACCCCUCGUUCUCUGAGCAUACGCAUUCGCGAAUCCGGAGAACUGCUGCCGCAUUCUGCGGCGUCCUAUCAUGUUCCAGACUCUAAACCCGUUGAACAAUCGUUUGCACAAGGACGCCUCUGGUUCCUAGAACAGCUUCAUUCCAACUUGAGCUGGUAUCACUUACCACUUGCGUUCAGGCUACGAGGGCCGCUGCAUCUUGACUCUUUGGAGGCUGCUUUGCUCGCAAUUGAACAACGUCACGAAACGCUUCGCACAACAUUUGAAGACAGGGAUGAUGUCACAAUCCAAGUGGUUCAUCCUUUUGUACCAAGAAAAAUACGGCUUAUAGAUAUCGGUCAACACCCAGGAGAUAGGGAAGAGCAUCUUCGUUCUGUCUUGCGCAGGGAACAAACGACACCGUUCGAUCUGAAGACCGAACCCGGCUGGAGAUCAGCCGCGCUGAGAGUAGACGCUGAGGACCACGUCGUAUCCCUAGUUCUCCAUCAUAUUAUCGCAGAUGGAUGGUCCUUGGGAGUGCUCGUUCGGGAGCUCAUAUCAUUCUACUCUGCGAAGUUUCACGGAAAGGAUCCCUUGGCGCAAUUACCAUCGCUUCCGAUUCAAUAUCGUGAUUAUUCCUUGUGGCAGCACCAGGAGAAACAACUGAUAGAGCAGGAGCGCCAAUUGCAGUACUGGACUGAUCAACUGCGAGGCAGCCAUCCGGCCGAGUUCCUUUGCGAUAGACCGCGACCGCCUGUUCCAUCAGGACAAGCCAAUGUGAAAGGAAUAAGCAUCACCGGGGCGCUGUACCGGCACUUGCAACGAUUCUGCCAACGAUUUCAUAUAACACCCUUCAUUGUCUUGUUGGCUGCUUUUCGAGCCGCCCAUUACCGAAUGACAGGAUCAGUAGACGCAACGAUCGGCACUCCAAUCACGAACCGUAACCGCGAAGAGCAUGAAGGCUUAAUUGGGCUGUUUGUCAACAUGCAGUGCAUGCGGAUCCAAGUCCUAGACGAGGAUACUUUCGAACUGCUGGUUCAACGGGUGAAAGACACGGCGACAGCAGCAUUUGCCCAUAAUGAGGUGCCUUUUGAGAAGAUCGUUUCUGCGCUGCACCCUGCGCGAGAGGGCUCUCGCAACCCAUUGAUACAAACAAUCUUUGCAGUUCACCCAGAGCGUGUCGACAAAGUCUCUAUCGAAGGCCUGGAAUCGGAGUAUAUUAACCUCACAAAUGCCACGAGGUUCGACCUUGAGUUCCACUUUUACCAAGACGAUGAGGGCCUAGACGGGGAGGUCAUGUUCGCAACUGAUCUGUUCCACCAUCGGACAAUUGAGACCUUGCUUGCCAUUUUCCAAGAUAUAUUAGAAGGAGGAUUGGAGAGGCCCGGUACUGAGGUUGAGGCUAUGUCUCUUCUGAGUGGCCUUUCCGCCCUUCACCAUAUGAAUUUGGUCAAAGUUCAUCGCACCGAUUACCCUCGAAACUCAAGUAUAGUCGACGUCUUUCGUGAGCAAGUGGCCGCACAUCCUGAAGUAAUGGCCGUCAAAGACGCUUCGCACCAAUGGAGCUAUGACAGGCUUGAUCAGGAGUCGGAAAAGAUGGCCAAUUGGCUGAGCAAACUGGGGCUUCCGACAGAAGCAGUGAUUGCAGUCUUUGCGAAGCGAUCAUGCGAGACCAUCGCAGCUUUCCUAGGCAUUCUCAAGGCAAACAUGGCCUACCUGCCACUGGAUAUCAAGUUUCCGGCUGCUCGAAUUGAAAUUAUCCUCUCUGCUAUUGAAGGACGCAGAGCUGUUCUUGUCGGAUCAGAUGUUCAACUUCCGAUGAUUGAGGUCGACGGGCUAGAGGUUGUCCCAAUGGUAGAUCCAUUUGGCCUGGACAACCGAGUCAGCAACGAAAACAAUGAACGCAGCAAUCCUGGGCCCAGCAGUCUGGCAUACGUCAUGUUCACUUCGGGGUCCACCGGCCAACCAAAAGGGGUCAUGAUCGAGCACAGGGCAGUUGUAUCGCGCGUUAGAGACUGUAAUAUGCUUGAUAACGAGAGCGCCGCGAAGCCAUUUGCCCAUAUAUCUAGCAUCGCUUUUGAUGCAGCAGUCUGGGAGAUUUACGCUUCCCUGCUUAACGGCGGCACCGUGGUCUGUAUUGAUACAAUGACAGUGCUGGAUUUUGUAGCUCUGUCCAAUGUGUUUUCCCUACAUGGCAUUAGGAUAGCACUUAUGACACCGGCCUUGCUGAAACAAUUUCUUUCAGAGUCGCCAGCUUCCAUCUCGGAGCUUCAUACACUGGUUGUUGGUGGAGAACGUUCAGAUCCCCAAGAUCUUUCCCGAGCACGCAAGCUGGUUCAAAAGGAGAUCAUUAAUGCCUAUGGGCCGACUGAGAAUACCGUGUUCAGUACCUUCUAUCGACUGCCAGAUGGAGGUCAGUAUCAUAACGGUGUUCCGAUCGGAGAAGCUGCUACCAAUUCCGGGGCCUACGUUAUGGAUCAGCACUUACGCUUGGUCCCACCUGGUGUAAUGGGCGAGCUUGUUGUAGUUGGCGAUGGGCUUUCGCGCGGCUAUACUGACGCGAAGAGAAACGUCAAUCGGUUUGUUGACAUUGAACUCGACGGCCAAAUAAUCAGGGCAUAUCGCACGGGUGACCGAGUUCGUCACCGACCGAUGGAUGGACAACUUGAAUACAUCGGCCGGAUGGAUGGCCAGGUCAAGAUCCGAGGUUUCCGCGUCGAGACAGGGGAGAUUGAGCAUGCUAUUCUCGAGUCGGGCUUGGCAGAAAAUGCCGCAGUCCUCUUACAGCAGCCGGAUGACCAAGAAGCUCGGCUGGUCGCCUUCGUCAAGGAAGCGAAGGAUCUUCGAAACCAAGGUCGUAUCGACCGCGGCGAACAGGAAUUUGAAGAGGCUUGGCAGCGCAUCUUUAGUGAAACCACCUACGACUCCAAGAUCGACACUCACAAGGCCGGGAGAGACUUUUCUGGCUGGAAAUCAAUGUAUGAUGGCUCAUAUAUCGACACCGGGGAAAUGAACGAAUGGCUAGACGAUACAAUUGCAGCCAUGCUCAAUGGCGCGCCCCCAGGCCAUGUUGUUGAGGUCGGGACAGGCUCGGGAAUGAUUCUCUUCAAUCUUGCAGAGGGCCUGCAGAGCUAUGUUGGCCUUGAGCCGGUGAAGUCCAUUGUGGAGUUUGUCCAUGAGACGAUUGACAAACUUAACCCGACCUUAGCAGAGAAAGUAACGCUGCAUGUCGGCACCGCUACUGACUUGGACAAGAUAGCGGUGACCGAUGUUUCUCCAGACCUGGUCGUGGUGAACUCUGUCGCACAGUACUUUCCCAGCGCAGAAUACCUAGGCAGACUUAUCGAGGAUCUUCUCCGUGUGCAUCAGGCCAAGACAAUUUUCUUCGGAGACAUGCGGUCAUAUGCUCUAUAUACCCAGUUCCAGGUAACGAAGGCAUUGCAUGCAGGAGAUACGAUAACCCCUGAGUAUAUUCACAAGAUCAUGACAGAGACUGCGGAAAGCGAGACAGAGUUGCUCGUUGACCCGGCCUUUUUCACUGCCUUGACGGAUCAGUUCCCUGACCUUAUCCGUCACGUCGAGAUCCUGCCCAAGCGGAUGCAGGCGACAAAUGAGCUCAGCUGCUAUCGGUAUUCGGCUGUUAUUCAUGCUGCGCGCCAGGAUUAUCUUCACGAAGUUCACACCGUGGACGAUGAUCAGUGGAUCGACUACAGUGCCUCUAAGUUAAGCCGGCAAGGGUUGUUGGAGCUAUUGCAGCAGACCCAUGAAUCAGCUACUGUAGCUAUUGCUAAUAUUCCUCACAGCAAGACCAUUGUUGAAAGGCUCAUUGUUGAAGCGCUCUCAAGUCAGUCAAGCGUCAGAGAUGCUGGUUGGAUUUCAUCGCUCCGUUCCAUAUCCUCUAUGGUUAACGCGCUCUCUGCCGUCGAUCUCCAAGACUUGGCUUCCCGCGCAGGAUUCCGUGUGGAGUUGAGUUGGGCGCGGCAGUUUUCGCAGCAUGGUGGCCUCGAUGCCAUAUUCCACCGAAUCCGACCAGAAAGCGGGAGGCAAAGGACCGUGUUCAGAUUCUGUACGGAUCAUGCAGGUCGCUCAACGCAAACGUUGAGUAAUAACCCAAUGCAGAGUCAGUCGGGACGGAAUCUUGAAAAGGAGCUUCAACAACGAUUAAAAGAGCGUCUGCCUUCGUACAUGGUGCCGGCUGUCAUCAGGCUCCUUGAUGAGAUGCCCAUCAAUCACAGUGGCAAGGUAGACAGGCGUGCACUAUCCGAAAUGGCCGCAACUACCUCGCUUGCGCAGAUACCAACCACUGCAACCCACGUACCCCCGAGAGACGAGGUUGAACGCGUGGUCUGCGACGAAUUCGCCAACGUACUUGGAUCUGACGUGGGUAUUACCGACAACUUCUUCGACCUCGGCGGUCACUCCUUGAUGGCGACUAGAGCGGUCUCCAGGAUUGCGGAACGAAUGAAAUGUGCCGUCACUGUCCGUGACCUGUUUGACUAUCCCGUGCCGAAGGCUUUGGCCAAUAGGAUAUCAAAGAUGUGCGACAGUAGGAGUCAGGAAGAAGCAGAGGCAGUGAAUAUCCUAACCUUCGCUAACCUCGCCCCGAUUAGAGUAGAUGAAUGGCAUCAGGCAGUUGAGGCUAUCGGGAUCUGCACAGAGGAUGUGGUGCAGCUCAUGCCCUGCACUGCUUUCCAGGAGGGUGUCCUCACCACCGAUCUCGUCCUUGGAGAAACCCCGGCUUAUCUGGCUACCAUGAGGCUGGAAUUUGAUGAGCUACUGGAUAUUGAUAAAUUGCAAUCAGCAUGGCGUUCAACGGUAAAGCGAGAGGAAGUGCUUCGGACGGUCUUCAUGCCGUCAACGCAGGGCUUGUCCGGACAAGGCACCUGUAGCGGUGCGUUUUUGCAGGCUGUCCUCCGUUGUGAGUCGGCAGAAGUCGACAGAGUCACAACACCCCGGCUUGCUCAUCCACAAGAGAACCAUUCUCCGCUCGACCUCGGGAUGGGUCACAUACCGGUCUCGUUGACCCUGACGCGAAACGAAAUUUCAGGCAACUGUGUCAUUGAGUUGACGAUCCAUCACGCUCUGUAUGAUGAGGCCUACCUGUCCUAUGUUCUUGAUGGGCUGUCCCGCGAUUAUCACCUAGCGCAAAAGCCUAAGCCCGACGCCGGCCAGACAGAAGGCCACGUUCCGUUCACGGCUUUCAUUCGCAUGUUACAAGACAAAGACCGAGCUGUGGCUUCCUCGUUCUGGAGGGAGUACCUCAACGGUGCCCCGGCAGGUAGUUGGCCAAUUCCAUAUGGCCUCAAAGGGCCCAUGAAUGAAGAUAGAGUUCCGCUAGCAAAGUCUGCUGAGUGGAAAGGUAAUGCAGCAGAUAUCUCAAGAGUUCUUGGCACCACCCCUGCCGGAAUUGCAAGAGCUGCCUUCGCUUUAUGCAUUGCGGCACAUGGUGACGCAGAUGAUGUUGUUUUCGGCGAGGUCUCAAGCGGGCGAUCUCAUUCCGGGUUUGUUACCGGUCCUUGCAUUACCACGCAUCCAGUGCGAAUUCGGUUGGGGACAGACGUAAGGCAGCAGGACAACGACGUUCCAAAACAACGUGUCUCAAUAGAAACACUUCUGAAGCGCACAAGGGAUGCAUAUCUGGACACAAUACCCCAUCAGCAUCUCGGUGUCGAGUCCAUCAGACAACUGACAGGCAAUCCCGACUUGUUGCCCUUCCAAGUGCUCUUCGUUUACCAAGAGACACACUCAAAGGGCACGGAUCAAUUACCAUGGGCAAGCUUCAGAGUUGGCCAUGAUGAGCUGAGACAUUCAGACUUUCCCUUGGUGCUUGAAGUAUCAUGUCAGGAUCCCACAGGUCAUCUGCGCAUGCGUUGCGUGUUUGAUCCCUUCAUACUACCUCCCGCGGAUGUAGAGUGGUUUCUGCAACAUUUUGUCGAUUCGCUCAAUCUUAUUGCACACUCUUCCAAUUCCCAGGAUGAUUGGGAUUGUACGGAGGCAAAGCUGACUAUUACUGAGCAUGAGAAUCGUGCCAUCCAGCUAUUGUCAACCCAGAGGGAAGACCCUCACGAAGCAGAGUGUGAGGAAAUACCUACUGUUGUUAAUAUCAUCCGCAGGCAGGCAAUGCACGCACCAGACAAGAUUGCUCUACAAGUCCAGUCGACCGAAUUUGUUACCUACAGGCAACUUGACGACUUGAGUAGUCGUAUUGCACGUGGGCUGCAUGAAGCUCUGGAGAGUCAAGCUCGUGGCAUCAUCGAGCAACAAUACGUUCCGAUUUUCUUCGAAAAGUCAGUGCACAUGGUUGCCACCAUAUUAGGCAUACUAAAGGCCGGGGCGGCAUUUGUCCCCAUGGACAUUCAGCACCCUAUCCCGAGAUUGAAGGCAAUUUGCGAAGCGACUCAAGCCAGAGUCAUUUUUUGGGACGGUAUAACUGGUGGCGACAAGCUGCGCAAUCUGUCCAGAUCGACAGGAGCAACCCUGUGCACCGUGAAUGCUCUUCUUCAUAACAACGGCCCGUCUUUCAAUGAGAGAGCGCCAUCCUUGGAGUCCUUGGCCUAUGUUCUCUUUACUUCAGGAUCAACCGGUACACCAAAAGGGGUCAUGGUCGACCAUCGCAACCUAGCGUCAUUCGUGGCCUCCAACGAAGGAAGUACGGACUGUUCAUGGACUUCAAACCGACUUGCGCUGCUUGCGCAUACAUUUGACGCAUCGAUGGGUGACCUAUUCGCCACUCUUUGUAAAGGCGGUCGGCUCCACUUUGUGCGUCAAGACGACAUGCUGCCCAGGCUGAGUCACUGGCUAGAAGCACUGAGCAUCACACACUUGUCGCUGACUCCCACGUUGGGUGCUCUGAUUGUGAAUGAGCUUAGCAGUGACCAGGGAUUACCUUUUCUCCGGUGUUUGGUUUUUGGAGGGGAACCCUUCCGCCUCAGCUUCCUCAGUCGGGUACCGAGAGCAGUCACCAUCUGGAAUGGCUAUGGCCCCACUGAGGCGGCUAUUGAAGUAGCGGCCUGCAAGCUACAAGGGCCCGACACCGAUGUGUGCAUAGGCCGGUCGUUUGCUCCGAUUGGAACACCUGGAUGGCACAGGCAGAUACGCCUGUUACACCCCGGAACAAACGAAAGGGUCCCCAUAGGGUGCAUUGGAGAGUUGUGCAUUAGCGGACCGCAGGUUGCACGAGGGUACCUCGGCCAACCAGACUUGACUGCAGCACAGUUCACUCCAGACCCAUUCUCAGUAAGCGGAAGAGAAAGGAUGUACCGCACAGGGGAUAUGGCGAAGCUCCACGGUGAUGGAUACCUUGAGUACCUUGGUCGGAUCGAUGGGCAAGUAAAACUCCGAGGUCUUCGAAUUGAUACUGCCGAGAUCUGCUCCGUGGCGCAAAACCACCCGCACAUCAUGACCUGUGCUGUGGUCAAGCUCCAGCGCAAUGGAGCUGAGGUUUUGGCAGCUUUGGUCGAGGCAAAUCAUGGAACGGCUAUCAGCAAGCUCAUCUCCGAGAAUGCUAUCAAGGAGUAUAUCGCACGCAGUGUCCCGGUCUACAUGGUGCCGGCCCACAUCUGGGUGCAAACAACACCAUUGCCUCGAACAACAAGUGGUAAAUUGGAUAGAAGGGCCAUCGCCGAAAUAGCAGAGAGCAAGUACAAGGAGUAUAUGGAGAGUCCCUCGGGCCAGUUAGAUUUGCCAGUUCGGGCCGCAGCAGGCACCCUGGAAGCCAAGAUAGCUUCACUUUGGGCAAAGGUGCUAGGAAUCAAGGAAGACACGAUCGAUAUGACUGCAGAAUUCUACCAGAUGGGUGGUGACUCUGUUCGGGCCAUAGUACUCCUCGCAUUACUUCGUCGAGAAGGACUGCAUUUCGAUAUGACAGAUUUGUCGCAAACUUCGACUAUUCAGUCGCAGGCAGUCAAGGCUCGACAGGGGAAGCCAGAAAGCAGCAUUCCAGGGCACGUGCAUCUGCGUAUGCGGCAGGAGAGUGUGGCAACUAUUGUCCUCGUGCAUCCCUUCCUCGCACACUCGACAGUAUUCGAGCCUCUGCUGCCGCUGUUGGACGAUGCGUUUGACAUACUCCUGCUUGACGACCCUUUCUUGGGCACAGCCUAUUGCCCAGAGACACUGUCUGAAUGGGCCAAUCAUUAUCUCAAUGAUAUCCAAGCCCAUGUCCAGACCGAUCAGCCCGUUGUCUUUGGCGGUUAUUCAUUUGGUGGUCUAGUUGCAUUCGAAAUGGCACACUUAUGGGACAAGUUGCACGGAGAAAAUCGCAGCUCGGUCAUUUUGAUCGACCCUGGAACUUUUGGGCGAGAGAACAUCCCUGCGAAAGACAGAAGUCAAAGGGACGACCUGAUUAAAAACUCCCUGGGUAUGACGGAUGUGAAGCCAGGCGACAUGUUACCAUUCCAAGAGCAUUUUGAUCGACAUCUGAAAGCCUUGAGACAAUUAAGCGAACCGCCAAUUUACGAUGGCCAGUGUCUCCAUCUGGCCUUACCUGAUCGUCUUCAAGAUGGCGUGGUUCCGUGGUGGAGGGCGCGUUGUAGCGACAUCACUUUAUGCGUCCUUGACUGCCGCGACCACUACAAGAUAAUGAAGGACGCGAAGCUGGUGGAAGCGGUCGGCCGGCUCAUCAACGAGCAUUGCCACGCAUACCUGACGAGAACCUGCACGAUGAGCAGUGCUAGUUCAGAGUCUGGGUUCUGCGGAGGGUCCUCAAGGACAGAUGUGUCGACGGAAGAUGGCGACGCUGUGGGUAGGAAGAACGGAGUAGACGCGGGAGAUCGGCCAGAGGAACAACCGACCAAGCGAGACUAG